AUGACGGCGUCAGAAACGCCUGAAGAAUAUGAAGCCAGGUUAACAAAGCAACGUGAGCGAUACACACAGAUGAUAGCGUCAGAAACGCCUGAAGAAUAUGAAGCCAGGUUAACAAAACAACGGGAGCGAUAUACACAGAUGGUAGCGUCAGAAACGCCUGAAGAAUAUGAAGUUAGAUUAAUACAAAGCCGUGAAAUACAAAGACAGCAGUUGGGUUCAGAAACGCAUGAACAUCGCGAUACGAGGUUAAAUAAACAACGAGAGCGUACCCAGCAAUGCAGAGCUAAUAAUCUGCAGGCAUUUGAGAAUGCUAUUAACACAAUUUGUAUACAUGUUUGUGAUAUUUGUACCAAACGUUGUUAUCCUAAUCAAGUUCGUACAGUUCAGUACAACGCUGCUGCAUUAACAUACUUACCUGUGGAGUUAACUUCGAAAAUAUCAUUGUUAUUAUGUUUCCGCUGUCAAACACAUGUUACUAGUAAUAAAACAACAGCACCACCAAAAGCUUACUGGAAUAAUCUGGAUCCAGGUUCUAUACCAGACGUUAUUCAAACUUUGACACAGGCGGAACAACGUUUGCUGUGCAGAAUAAUUCCGUUUGUUAAAAUCGUGAAAUUUAGUGGCCUCUAUGGGCAGUAUGGUUUUCGCGGACAGGCAGUUUUAUUUGCCCAAGAUAUCUUUGAAGUCAGUGAAAGACUGCCUAGUAUGCUACCAAGAUCUGCAAGCCAGGUAGGCAUUAUUGUAGUAACCGAACGAUUAGAAAAUUUGAACAUCACCAGGGAAUUCACAAUAUGUCGCGAAAAAGUCUAUAGUGCUUUAAGAUGGUUAAUCAGAAAUAACCCGCUUAACAAAGAUGUACGUAUUGACGACAAUGCCCAAAUUAGUGACCAGGAGUUAGUACGACUUAGUGUGCCCGAAUUGUCUGAAGAUGAAGCGUCUGAAAGGAAUGAAAAUGAAAUUCGAAAUGCAUUCAUUCCAAUUAAUAAUGUUGCAAGAAUUAUUCGAGCUUCAUGGCAUCAAGGUGACUACAACGUCUUUACUUCGCGAUAUGCUGGUGUACAAUGUAGUGCUAUGUCGUUGGCGAACAUUGUCCGAGCUGCAAUCCUAAGCCCUAAUCAAUGGGACGUCAAUAUUCUGAAUGCUAAUAUGUUAGCGGGUGACUCGUACCCAGCUUGA